AUGCAUGCAAGUCACACACUCAACCCUCUCGAAGCAUUCUUACAAAUGACAGUCGCAGAACUCAUGGCUCCAAAGAGGAAAACACCACCCGAGGCAAAUACAGCUCGGCCAUCGCGUAGCGGGAACCCGUUCAAAGACCGCAUGGGCUUGGGUGCAUAUCUCGAAGAUCCAGCCUCUUACCCAUCUUCACGCGUCAUCUAUCACAACGAGGACUUUGUCGCUAUAAACGACCGUUACCCAAAAGCCACAAUACACACUCUUCUUCUCCCUCGGUCGUCAAAGUACAAUCUUCUCCAUCCAUUUGAUGCCCUAGAUGACCCAGAGGUCCUUGCCAAAGUGAGAACGGAGACCCAGCGCCUUGAGGCUCUGGUCGCAAAGGAACUCCAACGUCGUCUUGGCACGCACAGUGAGAGUGAUGCUCAUCGACAAGCCGUGCUCGAUGGAGAUGCCGAGCCGGACCAGGGUGGAGAACUCCCGGACGGUCGGGACUGGGCUGCAGAAGUCAAGGCCGGUGUGCAUGCGGUACCAAGCAUGAGACACCUUCACGUGCACGUUUUCUCGAGAGAUAUGUUCUCCGAGGCAUUGAGACAUCGCAAGCACUACAAUUCGUUCAAUACGCCGUUUCUCGUUGAUCUGGACGACUUUCCGCUUCCAGCUGAUGAUCUGCGCAGGAAUACGAAGGAAGAGGCGUAUUUGCAAUGGGAUAUGAAGUGCUGGAGAUGUGGGCUCAACUUUGGGAACCAGUUCCAAAAGCUAAAACGACAUCUCGAAGAGGAGUAUGAGUCAUGGAAGAAACUUUAG